CUGAUUUUCGACUACCUUGUAAAUGUAAUCCGCUGGCAUCUGCGGUUCGUUUUUGUGUAGUUACGCUAAAAACACAUGCCUUUGCACACGAUAUUGUAGUCGGAAAUACGUAUGCUAAUGCGAGGAAGGAUUCUAAGGCUGAAGAAGUCAAGUAGUAAAGUUGACACUCGUGUAUGUACUUCAACUGUCAGACUGUCACAGUAGACUAACUCAACAAGGAAUAUAAGGUUUUUAUAAAAUAACACGGACCAUUCCCGCCGUUUGGUGGAUCUUGUUCCGAUUUGAGUUCCCGUCUCGGAUUACCAACUCGAAGUCCAUUCGGUUUACCGCCACAACCAUCGCCGUUUGUCGCGCAUUUUUAUCCUAUGGUAAAUUCUGCUAGACCCACGAUCCAACCACCGAUACUCAAUCCUGAUCCAGCACUUACGUCAUCAGCACCGGGGUCUUUUUUAGCGUCUGUCGCUGCCCGAAGAACAGAUUUACUAUAUUCAGAAUUCUACAAGAAUCUAUUGAAAACUGCUGUAAAGGCUCAACCUUUUAUAUCACCAGACGACAGUGUUGGAAUAGAGAAUAAGAAUUCAACAAAAUUCUCUGAAACGUCACCUCCCCGAAAAGGUGAGAAUAUACAGCAAGACGCUGGAAGAAUUGCAAGUUUAGACAAUUACGCAAACCCUGCAGCUCAACUUCGAAGCUUUUACGAGGGACUUUACGGAAGACUAACCCCAAACGAUUACUUGCUACGUCUUCGUGCCGAUCAAAAUAAUGGACAAUUUUGUAUUCCCAAUUUCCGUGGCACUAAAAACGUGACAUCACCAUCAUCACCAAACUGGUCAGCUACUUCAACGAGUCCGCCGGGAGCAGUCAGUGCGUUUAGCCGUGUUUCGUCAUUGAAACCACCCCAAACCGAUUUCAACCGCUUUCAUCUGCAUCAAACCGGAGCCUUUCCGGCUCUUUCUUCUUAUGCUAUGAAAACUCGCGCGAAUCAGCAAAGGGAUUUCAAGCGACAAUCGAACGAUAACUCAAAUUCCUCGUCGCAGAAUAACCCAUCUCCCAACGCAGAUUCCCAGAAUAUUUUGAAAACACCUUCAAACAUAACAUCUCCACCCAAUGGAAUUCAUUCUCCUACAUCAAGUGUUUCAAAUAAUGUAAUCGCAAGUGAUUCGUCUGAUGGACGCCCAUCAUCAGCUUAUUCGUCUUCCGAACGACUAAAAAGAAAAAGACGUUCGACUGGUUGUGGUGACACAUGUCCUAUUUGUGGUGUCACCGUCAGAGAAUCGGAAAUGCAACAACAUUUGAAACAAGAAAUUGGGAAACUGGACAAGAUCGGAUAUGAGGUAUACCGGAAUAAUUUGAAAAAACAUGCAAAGGCUACCAGACGAAUAUCUGGACCGACAUCAUCGCAUGUGUCAAUGCAAUCGGAUUCUUCGAUUGCCGCUACGACAAGUAAAAAGCAUGACGAGGCGAAUGACAAUGAUACAACAAGCAAAGAAAAUAGAUUUCGGACUUUCCAGAAAGUGCGCGGAAAUCGACUUGACCGUUUCAACAGCAGAGUGGGUCAGUGUCGUGUACCUGGGUGGAGAAACGGAGCUAUGUUCUCUGGGAAGCCGAUGGCCCCUUGGAUCGAUUAUAACAAUAACAGUAUCGCCGUGCAGAGCAACGGAGCACCCAUACAAGCGAGAUUUGAAGGAGUUCGUUGUCCUGUCUGUGAAAUUUCAUUAGGUCACAUGAGCAGCCAUGAGCAAAUUUCUGACCACGUGAUGCAUUGCGCGGGAACGAGGGACGACAAAGACGUCCCAGGAGAGUCAGGAACAGUAGUUGACGUUGAAGAAGAUGAUGGUGCGUUUGAAGAAUAUGAAUGGUGUGGCGAAACAAGAGUUCGGGCGACUACACUUGUACAUAGAGACCUGCUUGCUUCCACGCCAGGAUUCCAUGUGAUGCGGAAUGCGGAAAACGAGGACUCUGACCAGGAUCUCAAUGUUGAAACAGACGAGACUUGUGAGUAUGGUGUUGUACAAUAUAGUGAUAAAGAUCUUGUACCGCCAUCUACUGAUGAUGAAAAUGAUAGAACUCCAUCAUAUGAUCACGCAGAAAAGGAUACGGGAUGUCUAGACACAUCACCCGAAGAUAAGACGAUGGCUUUCUCUCAUCCCAGCACAGUAGUUGAUAAUAUGAAACGAAUCAAUAUGGAGUGUCAUUCCCCUUCUGUCGUUGUCCAAGCUCUCCGUUUAAAGAUUCAGGAAUUAGAAUCGUCAAGUCAGGAUAAUCGAUGUCUGAUAUGCAUGGAAUCUUACAAAAAUCCGUUGGUGUCAAUUCAAUGUUGGCAUGUGCAUUGCGAAAAAUGUUGGUUGAAAGCUUUAGGAGUUAAAAAAUUAUGUCCACAAUGUAAUAUGAUUACGCCUGCUUCUCAUCUCCGAAGAAUCUUCUUAUAGUAUUUUUUAUUAUUUCAUUAAUAACAUUUGCUUUAUGCUUUUCCUUCAAUACAAACUUUUAUGCAUACUCGAUCGAAUGAAAAAAAA